CUUAGCCUCCCCCGGCGCAGCGCGCUCCCCGCCGGCCCGCAGCUUGACACGCCGCGCGGUCCCUCAGUCUCCCGCGGUCGCCUCCCCAGGCAUGGCAGAGGGCCUCGCCACACUAUGGCAGCAGCGAGGCACAGCACGCUCGACUUCACGCUCGGCGCCAAAGCUGACGGUGAGGCCAUUCUGAAAGGCCUGCAGUCCAUUUUUCAGGAGCAUGGGAUGGCAGAGUCAGUGCACGCCUGGCAGGAACAUGGCUAUUUAGCAACCUACACGAACAAAAAUGGCAGCUUUGCCAACUUGCGGAUUUAUCCCCAUGGAUUGGUGUUGCUGGACCUUCAGAGUUACGACAGUGACGUUCAAGGCAAACAAGAAAUUGACAGCCUUUUGAACAAAAUAGAAGAAAAAAUGAAAGAACUGAGUCAGGACAGUACUGGGCGGGUGAAGCGUUUACCACCCAUAGUUCGAGGAGGGGCCAUCGACAGAUACUGGCCUACUGCUGAUGGGCGCCUGGUUGAGUACGACAUAGAUGAAGUGGUGUAUGAUGAAGAUUCACCAUAUCAGAACAUUAAAAUUCUACACUCAAAGCAGUUUGGAAAUAUUCUCAUCCUCAGUGGUGAUGUUAAUUUGGCAGAGAGUGACUUGGCGUAUACCAGAGCCAUCAUGGGCAGUGGUAAAGAAGAUUAUUCUGGCAAAGAUGUACUGAUUCUGGGAGGUGGAGAUGGUGGCAUAUUAUGUGAAAUUGUCAAACUGAAACCAAAGAUGGUCACCAUGGUAGAGAUUGACCAAAUGGUAAUUGACGGAUGUAAGAAAUACAUGCGAAGAACAUGUGGAGAUGUCUUAGACAAUCUUAAAGGAGACUGCUAUCAGGUUCUCAUAGAAGACUGUAUUCCAGUACUGAAGAGGUAUGCCAAAGAAGGGAGAGAGUUUGAUUAUGUGAUUAAUGAUUUGACAGCAGUCCCAAUCUCUACAUCUCCAGAAGAAGAUUCUACAUGGGAGUUUCUCAGACUGAUUCUCGACCUGUCCAUGAAAGUUCUGAAACAGGAUGGGAAAUACUUCACACAGGGGAAUUGUGUCAAUUUGACUGAAGCCCUGUCGCUCUAUGAAGAACAGCUGGGGCGCCUGUAUUGUCCUGUGGAAUUCUCAAAAGAGAUUGUCUGUGUCCCUUCAUACUUGGAAUUGUGGGUAUUUUACACUGUUUGGAAGAAAGCUAAGCCUUAAAGAUGAGCAUCCCCUGAAUGUCGUGUGCUGCAAGCCGCCUUCCUGACUGCCAUAUGCCCUAUAUACCAUCAACUGAGUCAGGCAACUGGUCACGAAUUCCUUCAAGUGUUUUUUUUUUUUUAAUUAUUAUUUUUAAUUUAAAAAAGCCAAUGGGAAAAUGUAUAUUUUAAUGAGCUAGGGUGUUAAUUUUUGAAAGUCAGCUGAAGGACAAUUAGACAGCCCAGCAAAGACUGCGGAAUGCACUGACCCCCUAGAAUGUGAUUUUAGUUUCUUUUUUUUUUCUCUGUGUGGGGUUUGGGUUUUAGUAGAUUUUAAUUUGGACAUGUGGAGGAGUGAACAUCAUUGUUUUAUUCUGGAGAGAAGUUCCUGAUAGUGUUUCCCACCCCCCCCAUUCCCAAAUUGACUUAGAUAUUAAAAUUUGGUGCUUUAAAAAGACUUAAGUGAUUGAUUAGCAGUGCUUCAAUUAAAAUUGCAAAAGAGACCUUUCAUGUGUUUUGUCCCUUUAUUUCAGCCCAUGUUCCUCUUUCUUACCUCUGAUGGCCAAGAACAAAGAUAUAUUCUAGACUAUUUAGUUCUGUAACUAGACUUCUGUCAUACUGUCUUUGUUAAAGGCCUUGGGACCUUUGUGAAUUGUAGUGACUUCAUUUAUCACAGUGGUGAAUGAUCCAUGGCCUAUUUGCCACCUCUGCAUUAUAAAGUUGACCUGAGAAUAGCAGAUUUUGCCUAACUGAAAAGUUGAAAGUCAAAAGAUUAUUUCUGUUACCAGUCUUGCUGAUGAAUUACAAGUAAAUAUAAAAAUCUUUAGGAUAGCUGCUAUGAGACUUUGAGAAGACUGCAGGAUGUGCAGAUGCACAAUAGAGUUCAUGUAGUCCUGUGGUAAAAAGAAUAACUUAGGAACUCUUAAGAAAGGGCAUGUGGCCAGGCAGUGGUGUCGCACAUCUUUAAUCCUAGCACUUGGGAGGCAGAGGUUCUCUGUGAGUUUGAGGUCAGUCUGGUCUACAGAGUGAGUUCCAGCACAGCCAGGACUGUUAACACAGAGAAUCCCUGUCUCAAAAAACAAAACAAAAAAGAAAGUGCAUGUGAAUAUCAACUUGGUAUUGUAUUGUGGAUAACAAUCCAACCAAUUUAAAUUGUCUUUCGUAUUAUUUGUAUAAAAGAUUUAUACUUUA